AGGCGGCGCGGCGACGGGGCCGGCGGGAACUCCAUUUCCCAGAGGCACGCUGCGUCCCGCCUCGCCGCGCCCCGCCCCGGGCGGCCGUCGGCGGGGCUCGCCGGGCGCCGUGAGUCAGUGCCCAGUAAACAUUGGCGUGAGCCGCGCCGGCUCCGCCAUGGUGGCGGCGCCGUGAGGGCGGAGGGGCGGCGCGGCAGGGCGGGCUGGGCCGGGCCCGUCGGCGGGGCCGCUAUGGACGAGCUCAAGCACCAGGUGAUGAUCAACCAGUUCGUGCUGGCGGCCGGGUGCGCCGCCGACCAGGCCAAGCAGCUACUGCAGGCGGCCCAUUGGCAGUUCGAGACUGCUCUCAGUGCUUUUUUCCAAGAAACAAACAUCCCCUACAGCCACCACCAUCAGAUGAUGUGCACUCCCGCCAACACGCCGGCCACGCCACCCAACUUCCCUGACGCCCUCACCAUGUUCUCCCGCCUCAAGGCCUCCGAGAGCUUCAACAGCAGCAGCCCUGUGGCCUCCAUGGCAACUUCCCCACCGCCCCCGGCCCCACCGCUGCCCCAGCACGGGGCCUUCAACCCAGCCUGGCCCACAGCUUCGCCCCCUGGCCAGCAGCAGAGCAUGUGGACUCCGGCCCCGCCGGUGCAGCCUGCGGGUUGGCCAGCUGCUGUCUCGCAGCAGGCCACAGCAGAACAGAAGGCCAACGUGACCAUGGAGGCAGAGAGAUGAGGCUGCAGCAGAGAGCAAACACAGCAGGGACCCCUGCAUAUAAAUAUUUUUUUUCCCCCCACCCCCCUCUCCCCAAAGAGGAGAGGAACUCUGCUGCCAGGGCAUCUGGCAGGCACCAAGACACAUGAGCAAAUAGCUGCCUUGCAUGGGUUUGGUUUGAAGUAGUUUUUACUUGUCCUUGAGCUGAACAGAGAUCCCCAGAGACAGCAGGAGGCUACGUGGGACAUGCCACCGGUGCUGGCCUCUGCCUGGGACCUGGCCGCUGCUGGGCUUUUAGGGAGGGAGCACCCCCUCCUCUCUUGGGACACCGGAGUUUGCAUGCAAGUGACAUUUACAGAGGAGGUCCCUUCUUCAAGGUCCCCUGGGCCACCCCACCAGGCAGAAUGGUUGUGCCUGAAUAUUUCCUCCCCUCCCUCAGCCCCACUCACCUGGGUGGGGUGAGACACCCCACACAUCUUUUUUAUAAGGGUCUCACUUGGUGGAGAGCAAGGACUGUUCCUGCUUGGCUGCAGCCUCCACCCCACAUGUGCCGUGCUCGCUGGUGAGCAGGGCUGGGGGAUGCUGGCUCCUGGGGAGGUACCUGGCCCCUCGCCCAGCCCUGGUGAUGGGGAGGCUCACGGGGUGAGCCAUGGGUGGCCCGGCUGGGCCAGCACACCCUUCCCUUGCCCUCCUAGGAUGGGGAUUGCCCUGGGGCUGUUUGCAUGACACAGUGUAACCCUAGAGACUGGGAUUGUUUUUAACCCCUCUGUUCUUUUCUCCUGGCGGCUGGAAGUCUCUCUGGACACGCUGCAGCCGCUUGCAAUACAUGCUGUUCUGCUUUGAA